GACACUUGUCUGCUUCUUUUGUUUACAUCGAAACUGUCAAAAUGAAAGGCGUCGAAAGGCAAUUUUCGUGCAGAGAACAAAGAACCAGUGCAUUUAGCCAUUGUCUCAACAAUACAACAUUUUAAACGAAGACAAUAAUUUACUCUAUACAAGUUUUUACGUCAAUUUAAAAUAAUUAGUACUGUUGUCAAGUGGAAUUUCGAGUUUUUUUUCAUUAAUAUCACAAUGUCAGGGAAGCCUUCUUCCCUGACAAUGAACUCAAUUAAAGGAGAAUCUGAAUUACGUUUUCUUCAAAAAGAUGCCUCUGUAAGUGAAUGCAGUAUUUCCAGUAUUGCCUCAACAUUAUCGGUAUCACAAGAUGAAAAUUUUCGUGUAUCAAAGCAUGCGGAAAAUAGUCUCAAAAUUAUGGAAGAGUAUCUUCAGAAACAACAACUUUGUGAUGUUACUCUCAUAGCUGGUGGAAAGCGUUUUAAUGCACAUCGUUUAGUUUUGAGUGCAGGUUCGGAAUAUUUUGCAGCUAUGUUUACGAGUUCAAUGAGAGAAUCUACUCACAAUGAAAUUGAAUUGAAAGGAGUUGACGGCGAUGCUUUAUGGGCUUUAGUUCGCUAUUGUUAUACUGGUUGUAUAGAAUUACGAGAAGAAAGUGUUGAAACUCUUCUAGCUACAGCUUGUCUACUUCAAUUAAGUCCAGUAGUUGAGGCUUGUUGUCAAUUUUUAAUUAAACAACUACAUCCGAGUAAUUGUUUAGGUAUUCGAGUUUUUGCCGAGACUCAAGGAUGCACUCAUCUUUUGAGUGUUGCUCACGCUUAUACUACUGAACAUUUUAUGGAAGUAAUGAGAAAUCAAGAAUUUCUCAUGCUAUCGGUGAAUGAAGUGGCGAAAUUAUUCGAAUCAGAUGAUCUCAAUGUACCGUCCGAGGAAACGAUUUUUCAAGCUCUUAUGACUUGGCUGGAUCACGAUCCAAUUGAUAGAAGAAAAGAUGCAAGUAGAUUGCUGGCUUUAGUGAAAUUACCACUGUUAUCACCAGCUUUCAUUGCAGAUCAUAUAGAGAGUAAUGAAAUAUUCAGAGAUCAACGUUCUCAGGAUUUGGUAAUGGAAGCAUUGAAAUAUCAUCUUUUGCCUGAACGAAGACCAUUACUUCAAUCGGGACGAACUAGACCUAGAAAAGCGACUGUUGGUCUAUUAUUAGCAGUGGGCGGAAUGGAUGCAAAUAAAGGUUCAACCACAAUAGAUUCAUUUUCAUUGCGUGAAAAUGCGUGGCGAUGUUUGGCAAGUAUGGGAGGAAGGCGUCUUCAAUUUGGCGCUGCGAUAAUUGACAAAAAACUUAUUGUCGCCGGAGGUCGUGAUGGAUUGAAGACAUUAAAUACUGUUGAAUGCUUUGACUUUGCAACUCAAACAUGGAGCGUAUUACCUGCCAUGACAAUUCAUAGACAUGGUCUUGGUGUUGCCGUUUUGGGAGGGCCUUUAUAUGCUGUCGGUGGACACGACGGAUGGAGUUUUUUGUCAACCGUAGAGAGAUGGGAUCCAACCACACGUCAAUGGAGUUACGUUUCACAAAUGUCAUCUCCACGAUCUACAGUUGGCGUUGCAGUAUUAAAUGACAAAUUGUACGCAGUUGGGGGAAGAGAUAAUUGCUCCUGUUUAAGCACCGUCGAGUGUUACGAUCCCCAUACAAAUAAAUGGACAUCUUGCGCUCCAAUGUCAAAGAGAAGAGGAGGCGUUGGUGUUGGCGUUGUGAAUGGCUAUCUUUAUGCACUUGGUGGGCACGAUGCACCAGUUACUAAUCCAAAUACCAGCAGAUUUGAUUGCGUUGAAAGAUAUGAUCCUAAGACCGAUACGUGGACAAUGGUCGCACCAAUGAGCGUACCUAGAGAUGCUGUUGGAGUCUGUGUUCUCGGUGAUCGCCUUUUGGCAGUAGGUGGCUACGAUGGUCAACAAUAUCUUACAUUAGUCGAGGCUUAUGAUCCUCACCUCAAUGAAUGGCAUCAGGUUGCCUCUUUAAAAACGGGUCGUGCAGGUCCUUGUGUCGUUAUAAAGAAUGAAUUGCAGCAAUUUUAAUCAUUUUUUGCACUUGUAAUUUCUCUUUAUUUUCCCCAGUGCAAAUUGACUGUUGUUUUUAUUUAUGAAAAUUUAAUAUUUCUUUAGACAUUUUUUUUUAAUUAACAGGCACUCAAUUUUUAUUUAGAUUGUCUGUUUUGUCAAUAAGUAGAAAAGUUAGUACAACUAACAUUUUUGUAUUAGUAUUAUGAUUUGCAUAAUUAAUUCAAAUUUUACAAGACAUCGUUUUUUGUUAAUUUAAGAUUGUCACCUGGUAAUGAUAAUUAAUUAGUGAUAUACACUUUAACGAAUGAUAUUAUUGUACAUGAAAUUACGUCAAAAUGACUAUUUUAACAUGUACUCAUAGUUUUUAUACCACUGCGAACAACUUUUGUAUUUUUAAUCAAUUUGAUUAAAAUGAUCUUUUUGUAAUCGAUUAUAAAAAAA